AUGGGAGACCUUCAGAAAGUUGUGAAUAUUUUGGCAACACUUAUUAGCUGUUUGGCUGUUUGCUACGUUUUGAUUCAGAUAUACAAGCUGGGCCGAAAGACAGCGACGAUCGGUAAUAAUGGUGGUACCCUCACCGGCUACCUCUGCUCAUACAUUAAGUCGCUGCUGCUAUUCGACUUGCAGCGAAAGUUCAGUGAUCAUGAUAUGAUCGAUCCAAGCACUUUGGACAAUCUUGAGGUACUGGCACGUGCAAAAUGGUUCAUAGAUCGAGACGAUCUUGAAGGCGCCAUUCGUAUAUCGCAGCUAUUAAAAGGCGAAGCGGCACAAGCGGUUCGCGAUUGGCUCGGCGACGCUCGUGCCCACUUGGAGGCGCGACUACUUGCUCAGAUUCUUGUUGCGCAUUCAGCUGUUUCUUCAAUGAGGUCUAUCUAUUAG